AUGGGAGCCCGGGCGUUGAACUUUAUGGAGGUUGACACAGCGGCGUAUGUUUCUGUGUUAUUUAUUUCAGACGAAUUUCAGCGUGCCGCAAGAGCAGUAACCGGAAACUCAUUGGAUCCGCUUGUGGUUGACGUUAUUUUCACUCUUUUCGAUGCGGAUGGUGACGGUCACCUGAGUACUUCCGAAUUUAUUGAUUGUAUUCGUGGACAUGGAUUGCGUCAUUUAAUUGAAGAUCCGGCACUACGUUUCUCCUACUGGCCUCGCUAUGUGGCUCGGUUGCUCCGGAUUCGUCCGAUCUAUCGGAAGGAGUUGUUAGGUUGGCGAUUUCAGACGGAGCAUCCAUUCGAGCGACCAGAUCGCAAACCAAAUGAGUAUCGUGAGGAGCCCUAUCUUCCCGUGUGGCAUUUCUCAGAAAACCCGCCAUGGAAUAUAGCAAACCGUCUCGCUGAAUUUCCCUAUCCGAACCUGACCUGGUGCGUAGUACUCCCCGAUGGGAAAAAAGUCUCCAAAAAACUUCCCGGGAUUCCACCAGAAGAACAGCUCAUAUUUAAAGGCGACCGAGUGAAAGUGCUUACCGGACCAGAUCAGGGAAAGAUCGGUCUCGUUGCAACCGUGCUCAAAAUGCGUCGUAUGGUCUACGUAGAUGGACUCAAUUAUCGGGUGACGCAAGCCGGCGGACGGGAACUACGCCGAGACGAACAGCCGUUGGAAAUCGAUAAAGAGGUGGCUCUAGUUGAUCCGGUCGACAACGAACCGUGCAUAGCGGUUUGGCGCUACACGGAUAAGGGAACCCGAGUUCGAAUUUCCACCCGAUCUGGCCAUACAAUCCCAUUGCCAACAUCUUCCCGCCAGUUGGAUGAUUUGACCGACCCGAAAGCCGCUAGUCGUGGUCCAAAAGACACUCCGAACAAGGUAGUGGAACGUGUCACGUUCGCUCCAGCCUCUCCAGAUAGCCCGGUAACGUUUGAAGAGGAUUUGUCUAUCCAAUACGGAUUGGAUCCACAACCCAAACCAUGUCCAACAUAUUGGUACUAG